AUGACGGUGGGGGCAGGGAUUUCUGUGAACGGCGGGAGAUUGAGCGUUUUGGGCGAGAGUAUUUUGAGUGAUGUCCACGACAACAUUGUUCUGACGCCGGCGGCCGGCGGAAUCUUGACCUGCGGCGCUUUCAUCGGCGUCCAAUCCGAUCAGAUUGGCUGCCGUAGGGUUUUUCCGGUCGGCAAACUCCUGGGUUUGAGAUUUAUGUGUGUUUUCCGGUUCAAGUUGUGGUGGAUGACACAAAGGAUGGGCACAAGUGGCCAAGAUAUACCUUUCGAAACUCAGUUCUUGAUAGUCGAAGGCCGUGACGGCUCGAAUUUCGGCCAAGGGGUAGCCGAACAAUCGUCACUAUACGUUGUUUUCUUGCCCAUUUUGGAGGGAGAUUUUAGGGCUGUUCUACAAGGAAAUGCAAACAAUGAGUUGGAGAUAUGCCUCGAGAGUGGUGAUCCUGCUGUGCAAGAGUUCGAUGGGAGCCGUCUGGUGUAUGUUGCAGCUGGAUCUGAUCCAUUUGAUGUCAUAACAAAUGCUGUCAAGACUGUGGAGGGGCAUUUGCAGACUUUCUCUCACCGUGAAAGAAAAAAGAUGCCGGAUAUGUUGAACUGGUUCGGUUGGUGCACAUGGGAUGCUUUCUAUACUAACGUUACUGCCGAGGGUGUGAAACAAGGCCUGGAGAGUUUCAAAAAAGGCGGGAUUCGCCCAAAGUUUGUCAUAAUUGACGACGGAUGGCAAUCGGUUGGCAUGGACCCGACUAGCGAGGCAACAAAAGCUGAUAACUCCGCAAAUUUCGCGAACAGAUUAACUCAUAUCAAGGAGAACCACAAAUUUCAAAAGGAUGGGAAAGAAGGCGAAAGGGUAGAAGAUCCAUCGAUGGGAAUUCGGCACAUUGUCACCGAAAUCAAAGAUCACCACUCGGUGAAGUAUGUUUACGUGUGGCAUGCAAUUACGGGUUACUGGGGAGGUGUUAAGCCUGGAGUGGCUGAAAUGGAACACUAUGAGUCGAAAAUGGCUUAUCCUGUCUCGUCACCCGGGGUUCAGUCGAAUGAACCAUGUGAUUGUUUAAAUAUCAUCACUAAAACUGGCCUCGGUUUAGUUAAUCCCGAGAAAGUCUAUAGUUUCUACAAUGAGCUGCACUCUUACCUUGCCUCGGCCGGCAUUGAUGGAGUGAAGGUGGACGUACAGAACAUCCUCGAGACCCUUGGGGCAGGACACGGUGGGAGGGUUAAACUUGCCAGGAAAUACCACCAGGCACUGGAGGCAUCGAUUUCGAGGAACUUUCCCGAUAAUGGGAUUAUUUCCUGCAUGAGUCACAAUACGGAUGGUUUAUAUAGUGCAAAAAGGACGGCAGUUGUUAGAGCAUCGGAUGAUUUCUGGCCUAGGGAUCCAGCAUCACACACGAUUCACAUUGCUUCAGUUGCUUACAACACGAUUUUCCUAGGCGAGUUCAUGCAGCCGGAUUGGGAUAUGUUUCAUAGCAAACAUGAAAUGGCUGAAUAUCAUGCAGCAGCACGUGCUGUUGGAGGCUGCGCUAUCUAUGUCAGCGAUAAGCCCGGGCAGCAUGACUUUAACCUUCUGAAGAAACUCGUGCUUCCCGAUGGCUCCAUAUUGAGGGCCAAACUUCCAGGAAGGCCAACUCGUGAUUGUCUGUUUUCAGAUCCAACCAGAGAUGGAAAAAGCUUGUUAAAGAUCUGGAAUCUAAAUGACCACAAUGGAGUAGUGGGGGUCUUUAACUGCCAAGGAGCUGGCUGGUGUAAACACGGAAAGACGAAUCUGAUUCAUGACGAGCAACCUGGCUCGAUAACUGGAAUCAUUCGAGCUACGGAUGUUGAUUACCUUCCAAGAGUCGCUGAAGAUGGAUGGAAUGGAGAUGCGGUUGUCUACUCUCAUCUACGCGGGGAUUUGGCUUAUCUUGCGAAGAAUGCGUCUCUCCCAAUCACACUGAAAUCACGAGACUAUGAAGUCUUCACUGUGGUCCCUACCAAGAAAUUGGCAAACGAUGUUGCAUUUGCACCAAUAGGCCUUAUAGAAAUGUUCAAUUCCGGAGGUGCAAUUAAAGAAGUAAACUAUGAGACAGAAAAGCCAGGAACUGUCGGCAUGAAAAUCCGGGGUUGCGGCCCCUUUGGAGCCUAUUCAUCCAUUAGACCUAAAAGAAUUAUAGUGGAUGCCAUUGAAGUGGAGUUUGAAUAUGAUGAAGCAUUUGGGUUUGUCAAACUUGUUCUGCAAGUUCCAGAGAAGGAGAUGUACCUUUGGGACGUUAUCGUUGAGGUUUGA